AUGGCUAGAUCUAGGCAUAAAGGUCACACCAGUAAGCCGCUGCCCCUAGGACCACCACUGCCGGUGAGCAUACCUUUGUCCUUCGUCGCCAUCUUCACCAUCGCGACGAAGGGGACAGGCCACACGCAGAGGAAUCCGCCGUGGCGCUGCCAACUGCCUAGCAGCGGCAUGCCACCUGCCGUCCCCUACUACCCUGAGGCCAUCGCCACUCCCCCGCUGACGCCGUCCAUCUGCCGCUUCCAUCACCACCGCGCCGCCCCACCAGAAGGAGCCAACACCACCGCUUCACCAGCCAUAGCCAGCGCCACCGGCCCACCGCCCACCUCCAACAGCGUUGCCGCCACUCUGCCACUAGGAGAGUGA